GACUUGUAUGCAUCGUUGGGCAUCGAUGCGACCGCGUCGGCGGCCGAGGUGAAGCGCGCGUAUCGGCGUGCGGCGCUGCGGAACCACCCAGACGUCAACAAGGCAGCCGAUGCGCAGGAGGCCUUUGCACGCAUUGCCGAAGCCUACACCGUCCUCUCCGAUCCGGAGCAGCGUGCAAAGUACGAC